AGAGAGCUUCUGUAGAGACGCUGCUUCUUCUACCUCUCCAAACCCCUAGACGUUCCCCUUCACUUUUCCACCCCAAUUUUCCAUCACUUUCACGAGAAAAUUCCCCCACAAAUCCAAAUGGCCACUCGCAUCGCCCUCCGCCUCAAAUCCCACCUCCUCCGCACCACAACCCCGAUCCACCACCACCCCGUAUUCAAAUCUCCACCUUCCAUCUUCUCCCUCCUCUCCACCCCCCAUCUCCACCCUCCAUCAAAUCCCCACCUCCCCUUCACUCUCCGCUUCCUCUCCACCACCCGCCGCGGUCCGACCCGCCCCAAACCCGUCGACAUCGGAGCCCGGGCUCGCCAGCUCCAAACCCGCCGCCUCUGGACCUACGCCCUGACCUUCAGCUGCAUCGCCGGAUUCAUUGUCAUCGUCCUCAACAGCUUCCAAGACCAGCUCGUCUUCUACGUCACUCCAACCGACGCUAUCGAGAAAUACUCCGCAAACCCUAGCAAGAGCAAGUUCCGGGUCGGCGGCCUCGUCCUUGAAGGUAGCGUUGUCCAGCCGUCUUCCUCGCCGGAGAUGGAGUUCGUCGUCACCGAUUUGAUGACCGAUAUCUUGGUCCGGUACAAGGGAUCAUUGCCCGAUUUGUUCCGGGAGGGCCACUCGGUGGUGGUGGAGGGAUUUGUGAAGCCUUUCACGGAGGAGAUUCGGAGGGAAAUUUCGACGAAAAGCAUAUCGGAAAAGGCUAGGAGCGGCGAGUGCUACUUUGCCGCCACGGAGGUUUUGGCCAAGCAUGACGAGAAGUACAUGCCGGGUGAAGUUGCUGCGGCCAUAGAGAAGAAUAAGAAGAAGCUGGAGGAGGCAGGUGCCGGUGCCGUUGCCGGUGAAGGUGAAGCUGCUAAAGAUGGUAAAGAUGCUAAGAGCAAGUAGAUUGAUGGGUAUGAGUUAAAUUUUGUAUCUUUUUUGAUUAUAUUUCGAUUUUGUUAGUAUAUAUUAGGUGAUUGGAGAAACUGGGUUACACUUGGAUAGUUGGAUAAUUGGAUGAUUGAUCCAAAAGGAUUAAUCUUUAGGUGAGGGAAUAGGCAUUGGUACUGAGGAAAAGAGAUGAAUUUUUGGAAAUUUGAGGCGUUAGAGUUUCAAAUUUUGUUGUUGUAGUGAUAUAAUCUCUCUGUUGAAUUCUAUAGUUCUUCAUUUUGAAUGAGUAAAUCAAUAAUGCCAUUAAUUGGGAACGGCAUAGCGAAAUUGUAAUUCUUGGCAUGAGUUGUAUGAAUCUGAUAACUUUGAGAAUUUACAUUCGAGAUGUUUCAUAUUGUCGAGAACA